AUGUCAGAAUGGGUGAAUGUGACCAGUGGUGUGCCGCAAGGCUCAGUUCGGGGACCAUUGCUCUUCAUCCUUUACGUUAACGACAGCCUUCAGGAACUCGACUACGGCAAAAUAAUGUUUGCAGACGACGGUAAGCUCUGGCAAGUCAUUAAGGGUCCAAAUGAUCAGAGAUCCCUUCAAGAUAAUCUGCACCGACUGCAAGCGUGGUCGAAGAAAUGGCUUCUAGAUUUCAAUGUGGAGAAGUGUGCCGUCCUUCAUCUGCGUCCAACCAACUCUCAUUCAAUCGAGAGUCUGAGGACUUAUCACCUGAAAGAUAUAAGGCUCCCCGCAGAAUCUUCACAGAAGGAUCUCGGGGUUUGGAUACAGAACAACCUGAAACCAACACUGCAGUGCCACAAGGCUGCAAAAAACGCCAUGGGAGUGCUGCAUGCAAUAAAAAGGGCUUUCGUAAAUUUUGACCAAGACCUUUUUGGGAGGGUUUACGGCACAUUUGUUCGGCCCCACUUAGAAUAUGGCAUACAAGCAUGGCGGCCAUGGCUGGUAAAGGACCAAGAAUGCCUCGAACGGGUACAACGGCGUGCAACAAAGCUGGUAAACGGUCUAAAAAGCCAUUCCUACACAGACAGACUGAAUUGCCUUAAUUUAUUCCCUCUGUGUUACAGGCAGCAAAGAGGUGAUCUUAUCCUCGUCUACAAGAUAAUACAUGGCCUUGAGUAUGGACUUAAAUUUGAGGACAUGUUUCAGUGGCAUCUUUCACCCAAUCUUCGUGGUCACUCGAUGAAGUUACGGAUAACAAUGUCCAGGCUGAAUCUUCGUUCCGAGUUUUUCACGCAGAGGGUAGUGGAGAAAUGGAACGAUCUCCCUCAGUCAGUCGUGGAGGCUACAUCCCUGCAACUAUUCAAGAAACGCUUGGAUGAUUAUUUGUGUUCCUUGUUUUCCCUCGACGGUCUGAAUCUGAACUAAUACCCCUGGUCCCCACAAAUAUUUCCUCUGAGACAAUGCUACUCAAAUGAACCAAGUACUGUUUUUAUAGUGAAUAUGUUUUGUUUGUGUACAGUUAUUUCUAACGAGCUGAAUGUAAUCAAUAGGGUUUUCAAAGGCUUUGCCUAUUAUCCUUAACAAAUAAACUGAAAAAAUGCACGUCUGAUCCAGUGUAAAGUACUAGUUGCCUUCUGGACCAUCUUUCUACAGUGUUCUGAUGGCGAUAGAUUUGUGGUCGUCCAUACACCCAUAUCUGUGUGUCUUUCCACCGUUUCUAACCUCGUCCCGUCAAUAUAGUACUGGUGUUUGGGAGAGGCAUUGCGGCCGGUGUUCCGGUGCAAGACUACGCAUUUGGACACGUUAAACUUCAAAAGUCAUCUGUUCGACCAAGCACACAGUUUGUCGAUGUUCGACUGCAACUUCUGUGCGUCAUCAUCGCAUUUGACUUCACUCCAUAUUUUUAUGUCAUCCGCGAAUAUGAGUGUUCGGGAAUGAGACCGUUGACAGUGCCUUUAUGCUUUGCAGUGUAAGGUGUUUGCGUAAUUUCGACUUUAUAACCAGUGACUUAGGCAAUGUGUAAUUUCUGGCAGAAGAUUAUUCCAACUGAAGGCAUAUUUGGAAGUCAAGAAUAAGGAACGCUUAGAUGUAGUGCAAAGAGUCGGCGGCGGAAUCACCAUGGAGGAGUUGCGCGUGACAUAAGACCGAUCUCUCGGAGUGAGAGUGUCACUGAGCGCAAGAUUGGAGCUAGAGUUGAUGCGAAAAAGGAGGCAAAAUCCAGUUUCAAUUCUUCCAACCCACAAAAACAUAAUGUCCUCCAGUUGACAUCUUUGCGUAUAAGAAGUACCGGACGGAGCUUGAGAGAACACUUUCCGGGUGAAAACCCUCUGAACAUUUUCGAUCUUACAGCGGUCACAGGCGUUCAUUUAACCAAAGAAAGGACAGCAGUAUUCGAGGACUGGAAGAAAAAACGUUUGAUAGAGUCUUAGCUUCUUUUCCGGAAGGAAAAAUUACGCGAUAUGAAUCCCCGUAUCUGAGCGGCUUUGGCAGAGAUUCUAUCUGCAUGAGGUGAUAAAGCAAGCCUAUUUAUAUAACUUAGUCCUAGGUCCUUUAUGGUGUGGCAUGCGGAGAGUAGGUUAUUUUGAAAAAUUAAAGGAUCAGGAAUUUUGGGCAUAAUCAAAAGACAUGAAACUACACUUGGAUGGUGAAAACUCCAUCUGCCAUGUUAAACCCCAUCUCCUUAAGCGUAGUAAAUCGGAAUAAAUUUUUCCUGCACAAACGUUUGCGGUGUCCUUAGAAUAUGAGUAAACACAUCUGAGAUCAUCGGCAUAGAUAAAGUUUGCCAAUUUUCGAGUUCAGUCGAAACAUAACUGAUGUAAAGAAGGAAGAGUAGCGAACCCAGAACCGUACCUUGAAUACGCCACUCGUGAUCGAGUGAGGUGUCGAGUAGCUAUUACCGACCAUGACUUUCUGAUAUCGAUUGGACAGAGAGGACCUGAUGAAGUCGAGUAGAGGCGGCCGGAUGCUAAAGUGCUUCCAGAUUUACUAAAAGACGUUUACGGGGCACCUUGUCAUAGGCUUUGCUAGGAUAAAAGUAGAUAAUUACCACUGACAAGUGAUUAAAUUAAGAAAUGCCAAGUGGCAAGUUUGCAGGGUCGUUCAGGCAAAAAUCCAUGAUGACUAGAGCUCAGAAGUCUAUUAGUUAGAAAGAAGUCAACAAUGUCAUUGAAAAUUAAUGCUUUCAAGAAGCUUUGUAAGAGAGGUGUUUUGUGCACGCCCCGAUAGUUAUUAACAUCGGACCGAGAUCCUGACUGGUUGUCAUCGUGCCCUUACUGAAUGCGCUCCAUCGGCGGUCUUGACAAAGCCUUCUAUAUUCGCCAUAUACUAGUAGUUUGGUUGCAUCUCCCUUCCCCCAUGUUCGGAUGGACUCGGUUGAAUGAAACCGACCGCAUCUGGGUUCCUAUCGCCUCGGGACUGAUCUUCAUGAUGCCCUCACUGAAUGCGCUCCAUCGAUGCUCUUGGUGAAGCCUUCUAUAUUCGCCAUAUACUAGUAAUCUGGUCGCAUCUCCUUUGCCCUAUCCUCGGAUGGACUCUGAUGAAUGUAACAGACCGCAUCUGGGUUCUUGUCGCCUCGAGACUGGUUGUCAUCGUGUCCUUACAGAAUGCGCUCCUUCGGCGGUCUUGACAAAGCCUUCUAUAUUCGCCAUAUACUAGUAGUCUGGUCGCAUCUCCCCCCAUGCUCGGAUGGACUCGGUUGAAUGAAACUGACCGCAUCUGGGUUCCUAUCGGCUUGAGACUGGUUUUCAAUUUCGGCACUUAUUUUUCUUAUUCAAGGCGAUACAGGCCAGUCCUGACCGACCCGCCUACGUACCAUUUUAUGAAAUCCGUUACGCAAUGCCAUAUACAGCUGACAUUUAUUUCGGCCAUGUUGAUGUCGGACUAUAUUCCAUUUUGUACCGCCACAUGCAGGCCAGUCCUCCCUGUUUUUUUCUGAUGCUAUUUUUCUGAGGGGUUUUCUUUUCUCCUGUUAAAUUACUACAAUCCUUUUUAAAUUUUGCUUUGGAGUUUUUUUUUUCACCCUCGUUUUUUUCAUUUUUUUUCAUUUUCAUUUUGCUUAACGGACUUCUAAUCUCAAAAACUAUGCAUAGCACUUUGUGCAGAUUUUGUCUACAUCGUCUAAAAUUUGCAUGUAAAUUUAUUUUUACUUGCUUUGAUGGGACCCCGACGGGUCUUUAAUAAAAUAAUUGAAUUGAAUUGAAUUGAAGACGGGAAUGAUAAUGGAAGUUUUCCGUGUUUCAGGAAAGUAUCCUUUUGAAAUAUAAACGGAGAAUAACUGACUAAGCAAUAUGGGAAGGUCGGACGCUUGUUUAAUAAUCGAAUUCGGAAUCCCGUCCGUUUCUGAGCAGUGCGAAUAUUUCAAACGACUUAUGUGUUUCUUAAUGAGAUCUGAGGAGACAUUGAUUGUACUCAGUGUCCUAUCUGAAAGUGAGCGAAAGAAAGGGACUGGAUCGGACUCAGUUUUAAGGUGUUUUGCGAAGAAAGCACUAAACAACUCCGCCUUGUCAGUGUCAUCGAUGAGGAGGAUUUUGUUACCGUUUAGCAGGGGUGCAAUUUGAUGACCACUCUUAGGGGAGGACGGAUGACGGAGAUGUUGACGUCGGACUCGAAUCACUAAGGACCAGCGACUCUCUUUGCCUGUCGCUCGCUUGGCGCAUCCUCAAGACCACUUCAAAAACCUAUGUGAUUCUAAUAUGAACGGAUAGGGAACUAGUGGAUGGGUCACGUUGCUGCCGUGUCAACUUUUUUAGUCUGCUGUGAAGAAAAUGAGGAACAAGGGAAUCUGAAGAGUAAGGCUUGAGAUAUCUACGCGGCACAAGCUCUAGGAUGUCCUUGGAAACGUUGGACAUGACAUCACGAAGAAUGGUUGAAUCGCUACAGGAGAGCAAACCACACCAAUCCAAAGAUCUAAUAUAGUUAUUUAUUAAGUCAUCAUCUACGCAAUCUUACUUUAUGCAAGUUCGAACGGUGCUGGUCUUUUUUGAAAAGACGAGCGGUAAGCAAGAAUAAAUUAAUACGUGGUUACUGUCGAAGGGGUCCUUUUUAAAAGCAACAAAAAGAGGAGCAAUGUCAUUGGCAUUGAUAAGAUCUAAAAUGUGAUUAUCCCUUGUUGGAGAGCGCCCCAGUUAAGACCAGUUGGAAAAAUUGACAAUAUCUUGAAAGGGCUGGAAUCUAGGUGGACAGCUAUUGGAAACCCAGUUUAUUUUGGGAAGGCUAAAAUCCCAAGUAAUUAUGUUAACAUCGAAAGCAGCUGCCGAGAUUAAUUUAAAGAUUUCAAACAGUUGUGAAUCAUCACUAGCUAAAGAAUUUGGGGGAUUGCACAUACAGCCAAUAAGUGUCUUUCUUUGCGGCGAGAGAAUAACAGAUGCAAAGCAGAAGCUUCCCAUGAAUGAGGUAAAUGUUAUGGUGAGCAGCGUCGUGUGGUAGAAUACAAGAAAUGAAGUUGGGAUGAGGGAGACCGGGGUAUUGGGCGUGGAGUUGCCGAAAUAAUACUCAGGUUAAGGGUCCAGGACGGUGAGUUGACGGGAGACAGAGAUACCUCGGACGGUGAGGUUGGUGGUCAUGUAGUGGAGACGAGACUGACGGCAAUCGACAAAAAGAUCUAAAGUGACGAGGUGUGCGUGGAGAAUGACAUAGGGGAUGUCAGCAACCACAAAGACCCAAGGGGAACGACGCCGAAGGCCGAUGUCCAGAGAGAAGAUGCAGGUGUCGAGUGUAAUAAUGGGUGACGUGUUUACGGCCUGAAGGAAAAGACCGGGACUGAGACACCAACGACCAACUGGCGUGGGCGGAAUGCCACUUAGCUGUGCACUAGUAUGACCAAGAAAGGCCUGUCAUUCCGGGUGUCAUGGACACACACUGUGCAACCAGGUUUAGAACAGCCAGGAAGACUGCUUACACUGACUUUCAGGAUGAUCCGUCUUACCCGUUUGCUCUGCUUAUAGGUGAAGGGACAGGGAAAAUGCGGCGACGGGCUUUAGCACCAAAGGAUGGGGGUGGGAUCCCAGCAGGUGGCGGCUGUGGUGGAUCGGGCUGAAUGAACAGACUGCACAUGCGGGGUGGACGGCUUCAGUUGGCCGUGGGAUGAGGGAGAAACGAUCUGCUUCCGAAAAGAAGUUGUAACAUCGGUCCUCUUAAUAAGUCCGAUUUCCAAAUACGAACAUGGGAAAUAUAAGGAGUUGUGGGAAUUGACAUAGCUAAAAGUGACGGCUUGGAAACGCCGUGCACUCCCAUAAGCCGUCCGACCACCUGAGGAAGUUGUGUGACCGAAAGAAUGCCAAAGCGGGUGCCAAAAUAUGCUGUUCUUCCGGUAGAAAAUUAUAUAUUGUCAGUACCGGACUUUAUCAUAGAUUAGGAAGAAUGUAUGUAGGUAUGUAUGUAUGUAUGUAUAUUGAAGGAUUACAGGCAGAGCCCUUGAUGACCCUAUUUAUGUACAGUGCUUUCGCAGAUCCAUGCUGUACAAGCCGAUUUCUGUCGAAAACUAGACGAGCAAGUUUUCUUUUAAACACACAAACUGUGCCAGCCGUCACCAUCUCGCUUGGAAGCGAGUUCCACGGUGUGACAACCCGCUGGCUGAAUGAAAAUUUUCGUCGGUCUAAACGCGUGCGCUCAUUCCCGACUUUGAAUGCAUGGCCGCGUAGUUGGUUUGUACGGGCGAACUCAAAGAAGUCCUCUGCUCUUAAUGAGCAACCCUGGCCGCGCACAAUCCGGAAAGUCCAGAGUAGACUGCAGUUUAUUUGUCUAUAAGAGAGAGGGAAUAGGCCAAGCAAAUUCCGCCUCUCCUGAUAAGACAAAUGCUUUAGACCGUCGACCAUCUUUGUCGCUCUGCGUUGCACCUGUUCGAGUAAGUCGAUAUCCUUCCUCAGCCAUAGUGAUUAUGCUGGCAUUCCAUACUCUAGAUGAGGUCUUACAAAAACACCAAAGAGUCUUUCGAAAAGUUCGGGAGGAAAUAUUUUAAAUGCACGUCUGAUCCAGUGUAGAGUACUAGUUGCCUUCUGGACCAUCUUUCUAUAGUGUUCUGAUGGCGAUAGAUUUGUGGUCAUCCAUACACCCAUAUCUCUGUGUCUUUCCACCGUUUCUAACCUCGUCCCGUCAGUAUAGUACUGGUGUUUGGGAGAGGCAUUGCGGCCGGUGUUCAGGUGCAAAACCACGCAUUUGGACACGUUAAACUUCAAAAGCCAUCUGUUCGACCAAGCACACAGUUUGUCGAUGUUCGACUGCAACUGCUCUGCGUCAUCAUCGCAUUUGACUUCACUCCAUAUUUUUAUGUCAUCCGCGAACAUGAGAGCCUCGCAAUUCACUUCGCUGAUGCGGUCAUUAACAUAAAUCAGGAAGAGUACUGGGCCUAAGACAGAACCCUGUGGGACACCACUUUCCACCUUUACCCAUUCCGAGGUAGAAUUACUAACGACGACUCUUUGUAGUCUGGAGGACAGAAAACUCCUGAUCCACUUAAACAUUCUCCCUUGAAUCCCUACAUCCCAGAUCUUUUGUAAAAGAAGCCUGUGUGGGACACUGUCAAAGGCCUUCUUGAAGUCAAAAAAUAUGACAUCUACUGGAAAACCUUUAUCGGUAGCUCGUGUCCAUUUCUCGUGCGAGUAAAGAACACUCGUUAGGCAGGAGCGCCCUGGACGAAAGCCGUGUUGGGCAUCACACAAUAUUUUGUUCUGUUCCAGGUAUUUCAUCAAGUGUCUUUUGAUAAUACGUUCCAUUAUUUUACACGCUAUGCAAGUAAGACUGACAGGACGAUAAUUUCCGCAGUCAAGUCUUGAGCCUCCUUUAUGGAUCGGAGUAAUGAGUGCGCACUUCCAUUCUUCCGGGAGCUCGCCGUCUUCAAAUGACUUUUGAAAUAUUGCGGAUAAUGGUUUGCACAGUUCAUUAGCAAGUUCACGAAGUGCUAGGGCGGGAAUUCUAUCUGGGCCAGGCGAUUUGGCAGGUUUCAGCCGGAGUAGCUCGGCCCUAACUAUGGUAGAUGAAAAGAGUGGUUCCUCGGUUAAGGAGAGUAGGGAGGGGAUAGGAUGGGGAAGGGUACUGGGAGGAGAGGUUGGUUGGCGAAUGGAUGAAUGGGCAAAUAUAGCACUAGGUUCUCGGGUGAAGACGGACUGAAAGAAGUCGGAAAGGAGAAGAAAAAUGUUGUUCGUAGGGACUCACCAAUUGUCGGGGUGACAUGGUCGACAAGACGGAGGUUCCCAAAUCAGAUGUCAGGGAAGACGGAUUGGGUUGGAUCAUUUUUACUGCUGAAAAAGGGUGUACAUUAAGGCACAGCAAACGGUCACUACAGCGGUCCCUCCAGGCAAGUUUUUGCUGUCCGUUUUGCCGUCGAGGUUCUUCGCCCUCAGCGCGUGUGUGAGCCUUCCACUCUGUCUCAGUGGCCGCCAGCCAAUCAGGGAGGAGGCAACGUUGAUUGGUUCUGAGCACUCGUGAAGUUGCUUAUAAGUCUCGCGCGUCCCGGCAGCGGACAGGAGGGCAGGGUGACAAGUAAGCGGAGAGCAAGGAAGCACAGGCUGUCACAAAACUGGCUUUUUCAAGAGCGACGCGCAAGAUACAUCACGACUAGUGGUGCCAUGCUACCUAUUCCUCCGCAUUCUGAAUGAACUGCAACACGAGUUAGGUCACGUGUGUCGUAAAUAAGCAGGUGCCGCAGGUAUGCAAUUCCCUGCAGCACGUGUCCUGAUUGUGCCUCCUUUGAAGGUUUCAAUCCCUGGCACCGAGCACAUUUCCAUCCGAUGGCCAAAAGACUCCCAUUUAAACGCGUAGGUAUUAACGUGGUGGCAUCCUUACCAAUUACCCUAUCCGACAACCACUAGAUUUUAGUGAUGAUCGACUGCUUCCCUAAAUGGACUGAAGCAGUCCCAUUUCUACGGCAAGAUACCGCAUCGGUUGCAAUCGCUUUGCUCGACACAUGGAUCUGCGGCUUAGUAGAACUAAUUUCACUACACUCUGAAUGCGGACCCUAUUUUGAGACUAGGUCAGGACGUGACGUAUGCGACCUCUUUUAGAUUCUUAAGACACAUACUACCCCGGCUCGUCCUGCGGGGAACAACCAGGUGGGACGUACCAAUCGGACGUUUAGUAGACUGUUGGAUGCCUUCGCCGAAGACCACGGUCCACGUAGCUGGGAUGUAUCCUUUCCCUGCGUCAUGGUGACAUACAGAUGCACAAUGCACGCUUCGACAGACCACGCCCUCAUCAUCAUGCUGACCGGCCACCAUUUUCAGUUACCAGACGACUCCCACCUCCCAUUUCUUAUCAACGAUGACCAUUCGCCAGAUACCUACCUCGUUAAACUUCAAGAAACCUUAAGGGCCGCACACAACCCAACGAGAACCCACUUAGGCUCAUCAUAUGAACGACGAAAAGAUUUAUUUCAACCAACAUGGUAAAGGCGCACCCUAUACUCAGGGCGACCUCGUGCUACGUUACCGACUGACUCUGUUAGUCGGAAACCGUCCAAAUUCUUUCCUUAUCCUGUAGGUCUCUUUGUCAGCAUGGACUUCCUACCCUUUUCCACCUAUAACACCUGCGAUGCGCAGUCUCCUGCAGGUCGUGCCUUCACCGUACAUUAUGACAAGCUCAAACCUUACAGGGGAAGUUGCCCAAAGCUACAGUAGACUCUAUCAAUUCUUCACCACCGUAUUGUCCCGAACCCUCUAACGAAGUUGAGAUCACUGGCAAUCCCACCCAGACAGCGCAUUUGCGGCCAGAGCAGUCUCGUGAGAGAGAGGGCGCAGUGUAGAAGGGCGACCCGACCCUGUUGCUUUAAUUUGAUCUUUUUGUACUCUUGUGCAGUUUUGAAGCGAAACCGCUACCACGAUAUAGCCGGAUACUAGACUGCAUCAUUCGUUGGUGUUCUGGUUGCAUCCAUUCACAUCGGUUUUCUGGUGAGCGUCGCUUGGAUAAUGAGCCGUUGCAUAUAUAUCGGUUUCUACUUGUAUCGUGCUCUGGGACUUCGUAGAAAGGAUCCUUUUAUUUUCUAACUUCCAAAUUUUUAUUCCCAUGUUCUUCACCGUACGGCCGAAGGACGGUGCCAUUCGUCCGUAACUUAGAAUUCUGGAUCGCUUUAAUGCGACCAUCUAGUCCCCCACUAGUGUGGCGACCGAAGACGUCGAAGGUGGCACACACGGGAUAACGUGAAGUACAGGGGCAACCUUUGACCUAAAUCCAACUGAAAUGAGUUGUUAGGCACGUCAUCGCACUCAUCUUGAAGACGAGGUCGAAGAAUUUGAAGAACGCAAGUAUAUGUAUAAUGGAAAUGGAGGGAAAUUUUUAUACAUUUAAAUAGUCAAUGGCACCGGUAGGGAUGACCCUCAGCAGGGAGGUGAUCCGUCGUGAUGGGGGCGCUGACGCCAACACACCUGCUAAACAGCCGAUGGAUAAUGCAACGCUGUGUGCAGCUACAGGGGAGGUCCUUGGAAGAUGCCGACGUAGAGAGUGAGCGGGACGAGGGCUGUGGGAAGAGAAUUUGAGGUUACGUAGGGAAAAGGCAUCGUCUAUUUCCACCUACACGCGGUUGCACUAUCUCCACCCUGGAUCCGCACCAGUGUUUUCUUCAUUCGAAUAACCUAUUCAAAUUCGUGGUGCGUCACACUAGUUACUCAGCUUUUCGGGUUUAUACAUGGCCAAUGGUCUGGUUAGUACCUGAUACCACUGACGUCAAUCACUCGAAGAGACUGCUGGGCUGGUUGUGCUUACUUGGACUACUGCCAAGAGCUAGCCAAUCACAAAACGGGCUGCAGAUUAACCAUAGGGGCUAACUCUAGGCGAAUAUCGUGUUACCAUGGAGAGGAACAUCCCCCGACUUUUCCUUUUUUACCACAGACUUCUGUCUAUGCCAGUAUCUGGAAACCACGCCGCGUGCAGCGCGACUCCUGUGACGACUGAUGUUUGUCUGGUGCUGACGGAUUCUACCUGUUGCUGGCUCAAGCGAAUUACAACUAGACCACACAAAAUCUCCACCAUCCUUCAAUUGUAGCUAGAGAAAACGUGGCCGUUGUCUGUUUUAUUUUUUCGGGACAAAUUUUACAAAAAAUACCUGCACAUGUUAGAGUUCGGGCCGAACAGGGAGGAGUAUCCAGCAGGAACCCAUACAUAGGGAACAAUUCCAGAAGAACCCUAAAAAUAUCUUGUAGACUUUGCUUCAGUGAUGCCAAAUUAGCAGAGAUUACAAACUCCAGAUCGACCGCAGACUCGACUCUUGAAAUAGCCUCACCUCCUAGCGUUGUGAGUAGGCGCGUUCGUUGUUUGCAAAUUCCUGCAUAUUUGCUGUGAGGUUGCACCGGUAAAUCCAUCUGCCCAACCAGAUCUUCCUGGGUGGAAGCAGGUCACACAGUCUGGUUAAAACUUCCACUGUCACCUCUUAACUUGAAACAGACGUCGGGGACUAACACCGACAAGUCGUUUGUAUAAGGAAAGGAGCCCACCGUUGGGGUACACCGCCACGGGCUGGCAUUUCAGGCGGAUUGACGCCGCUAUUACGUACACGAAACAUCCUGUGCUACAGAAACCUGAAUUUAGUUUGUUGCACCCCCUGCCGGGCCGUAGUCACACAGCUUGCCUGCAAGUAAUCGACGAUUGACUAUGUCGAAAAACGGCCUCAACGCCUUCACCUCCGUUUUGCUCUAGAUUUUUACCACUGAGAGGAUAGUGAGUCUUUUUUAAAAAAAGUCUUGCUGACUGGGCUUCUUAGAUCCGUGUUUGUACAGAAAACUCCGUGACCACUCAUGGAGGAUCUUUUCAUGAUUUUACACUGCGCUUUUGAAGGUGACUAAACAACUGUUCGCUAACUGUCACAGAUCCUUUGGGCACAGUAGGGCUUAUGAUCUGUCUCUUGUCACUUUAAGCCCCGGCUCCUCCGCACUCUAUAUUAAGCAGACAACACGAGGAAGUGGUACGAUAAGUUUCGGUGCACUGCAUGCACAGUCCGCUGUUCGAGCCUGUUAAGUUUAAGAGUUGGCGUUUGACUCUCGGAUUCUACUAACUAUACUACGCCAAUGUUUUUGUCCUCGACCGCUUGCGCAUUCGAGCCGCGGUAGACAAAUUUAUUAAUGCUGAACCAGUAACUUAUCCAUGCUUUCACUACUAGGUAGAUGUCGUGGCGUAGUAUUUGGAUGUGAUGUAACGUAGGAGGCAUAUUUACCCAGAAAGAAUCAUUUCUAGACCUUUUGGAAAUGUGCGAUAACCACUAACUACUUUCUACUCUGUACGUGGAGUCUCGAGCAAAAACGUUUUUGAUUCCGAGGAUGUUAUUUUCAGGUGUAGGUAUACAUAUUAAUCGGUUCUCUCAGUAAGAGGGUCGGUUGUUUGUAACUGGCUCCUAGGAUGUGCGAACGACUCAUUUUCUUUGAGAAUUUUACGUCUGUUUUACUUUUAUAAACGUUUUUAAAUUAAAGUGGACGAACGAUAAACCUGACGGCAAGUCAGUAAAAGUAGUCCCUCUACUUAAAAUGUCAAAAAUAUUUUAGGACUUUUUCCGAGUAUAACCUAUUUGUUUUGAUUUCCUAAGCCUAUUUGUUUGCCGUGUGACUGAGUUUGAGGUCUGGGACUUUCAUCUGAGUUGCUUCCGUUUUUACUUAUGACCCGGAAAUAUCGAGUUAAUUGCAACAGAAGGCUUGGUCUAAAUUUCUUCGAACCUGCCAUUUCAGUUCCUGUUGUUGCAGGUCCAAGCCGUUCGUUUCUUGUGCCGAAUUUCUUGGUCUGGGAUAUGUAGGGUUGUCGGCCGCUGCCUUUUACCUGAAUCUACUCUUGCCUUUUCAACGAGUAAUCACUGCGCCAUAGUUGCCUUUAAUGAUCGUCAACUAUUUUAAAUUGUACCUUUAUAUGCCCGUUACCGCUGCACAAUACGAAACCGUUGUGUAGACAAGCUAGCACUGUAGUACGUCAUAACACGAUCUUUUGGCGUUCAUGCUAAUUGAGUUUAUCUUUAUUUUAGGGCAGUUUCAUUCCCCACUUGCCUCAACAUGACUAGCGGAGGCGGUAUCUGCGAGCGCCACCGAGUCCUUAUACUGCAUUCCAUAUUUUCAGCUCUCCUUCUCUUAGUUCACCGUUCACUGUUCUGGACAGUCAACGUUCUCGUAUGCCUCCAUUCUUCAAGUUAACUGAUUUCUUUUAGUUUGAUGGUCCACUUACCAUUACUCUGUUCGAGUGUGUUGUAACCUCUUGCAUUUGUGCAUUUCGGUUGAGCGCAAGUGGGUUUUCGCUCUCGGAUUGUGUUUGGAGAGGUCUAAGAGCCACCGCAUCGGAACAUUCCUUAGUAGGAUUACCACUCUAUUAAUACAAAUCCUGUAGAGUCUGAAACUGCCUGUCAUCUUCUCGCUAAUGGUUACAUUCAACAAUAUGUGUUUGUAUUAUCUUGACCUCCCUGUGUACUUCGUUGCUCGAUCAUUCUCACCAAUUUUCAAUGUGGUAAGUAUCCAAACAGUAAACAUCGUCUUUUAUUCACAAUUUUCGCAUUUGUCCAUUUCUGCAUCCAGACGCUUGUUUUUUUCGGUGCCAUGCUGUCGGUUUCAUCCAGUUUACUGUAACAUUCCGAAAUGCAUGCUUUAGUUUUGGUGUAAGUCCUCCGAGACUGCCAUUUCCGAUACUAGCCGAUACAAUCGCUUUAAUAACCGGAGGAGGUAAAUACAAUGCAACUUGAAAUCGUUAAAGUGCUGUUUAUGCAUUUCCUAACGUCACUUUUUGAAGUUAUCUUUUCGAUAUGUUGCCUUGUCUGUAUCCUAGACCAGAAGGCCACAUUCGGGUAACUAGAGUACUGUUAAGUGAUAAGUGAAGAAUUCCCUUCUCCCAUUUUGCCUAACUUUGGAUUUGCAAACAUAAUUAACUGAGCUCUUGACGUCCUGGUCGUUGUCAUGUUAGCGCAUCUUGUGUCCUUUCUGUGAGAAAGGUGAGUAAGGUGCUUUGAUCGGAAAUAAACGGGGUUUACGCGUGAACCGUAUCUCAGCGUGGUUUGCUGGACGCCCGUAGGGAACGUUUAUAACUGUUGGUUAACUUACCUUAGGGAUUUUUCGUCUCGUAGGUCUUAUACCUCCAUCUCAAACCUUGUUCCACUUUUUAAGUUUCCUCUGUAG